AUGAAGGUCUGUGCAGCACUUCUGUGUCUGCUGCUCACAGCCGCCGUCUUCGGCACCCAGGUGCUGGCUCAGCCCGAUUCAGCUUCUGUCCCAACCGUCUGCUGCUUUAAUAUGGCCAGAAGGAAGAUCUCCAUUCAACGACUGCAGAGCUACAGAAGAAUCACGGGCAGCAAAUGUCCCCAGAAAGCUGUGAUCUUCAGCACCAAGCAUGACAAGAAGAUCUGUGUUGAUCCCCAGAAGAAAUGGGUCCAGGAUGCCAUAAAGUACCUGGACCAAAAAUCCCAAACUUUAAAGCCAUAA